AUGACCACGCCCGACCUGCUCACCACCGUCGGCUUCGAGAAGGGGAAGAUAGGAGCGCCAAGAUCUGGCGAGAAGGAGGUCGGGUACCAGAUCAAGGAGUCCUCCCUGUCCAGCCUCGUCGGCAGCCUGCUCAUCUGCUUCCUGGUGAUGGGCCUCAUGGUCGUCUGCAUGGUCUAUGACGUGCGACUGGAGAAGAAGACUUUCCACCGAGAAAGGAGAGUGGAGGAGCACCACGCCGCCUCGAAGCUGGCGCAGGUGCAGAUGGAGCUCUGGUCCCAGUACCGAGAUGACGUGCAGGAGUCGCGCGAGGCGACCCGGCUGAUGGCCACCCUGAACGCCUCUUACACCCAGUUCAAGCCUAAGCUAGAGGUCGCGGUGAACGAUGUGGCCAAGGACAUGGGCUUGAACACCGACCGGGCCUCGAAGUUCGCGGACAAGAUAUUGCACGUCGUGGCCGACAUGCAGAAGGGCUCCCCGCAGCGCCGCCCCGCCCCCGCCGCCGCCGGCUCUUGGCGCGGGGGCUGUGGCAGCGGCGGUGGUGCGGCCAACGCCUCCCUGGCGCCCGCCACCACCCCUUGGGCGGAGGCGGUCGCGGCAGCGGUGCUGGAGCGGCUGCCGCUUGCUGGCCCUGCGGCGCCUCCGUCGGCGGCGCCGCCGCCCGAGGCCGGCCCAGCCUUGGGGACAGAGCGGCCUGCGAUUGCUCUGCUGGCGUGGGGGCUCGCGGCUGGAGAGCUGGUGAUCCUGGUGGGCUGCUGUACCGCCGCCCGUGUCCCCUGCCAUGCUGGGUCCACUGCGGCGUCGGCGACCGGUUUCGACGGUGCUGAUAUCGGACGGCACAGGUACCCCGAGGAUGUGAGCGGCUCCAUCGGCGAUGGGUGCAGCCAGGCCUUCGCCUGCGCUCGAGAUGGGACGGCUCCCGCUGUCACCCGCGGCUCCUUCUACAGGUGCUCGGAGCCUGUUGCCUUGCAGCGGUUCCGCGGCUUGGUGGUGACGUCGCGGAGUGACCAGUCGCUCCGCGCUGCCGGCGGGGCGUUCGCCGAUCUUGUGGAGAUCUUCGGCUGGGGCGGGACGUCGCGCCCUUCCGCCGAGCUCCGUCGCCGCCUGCCGCUGCGGGUCGCCGAGGCCGCGGUGGGUGGCAAGGCCGCCCCGUCUGGCGCCGCGCCGCUGGAUCCCGGCGCUGGCGAGGAUGCGCGGGCGUUGCGGGCGCAGCGUGACGGGCGAGGAGAGCGGCGCAAGCCGCGGCGAGAGAUCGCUCGCGAAGUGACGCGGCGCGCGCGCAAGGACUGUCCGCUCGAGGGCGGGCUCUCGACGGUGGAAGACAUCGCCGAGAUGUGGGGGCGGAGCGGCGCGGGCCCGUUGCCGGAUCGCACCUGCGUCGGGGCGAAGCGCCUGCUGUCCGUGAUCCACUGCGCGGGGGGCCAUGACCUGAGCGGCCUUGUUAGCGCGGCGCGCGUAGAGUUGCCGCGUCGCAGGGUUUCGCAGAUCGCGGAGGCCUGCUCGGGCGACCCGACAAAGCUUCCGGAGCGGGGCGGUUUGCGUCGCUACGCGGGCGUGACAGGCCCGACGGGCGCGAUCGACCCCGCCCCGCGCACUGCGGUGUUCAGCCGCAACUAG